CCUCUCCCCCCCCUUCAGGAGGUGCACGAAAUGCUGCGUGACUUCGAGCUCCAGCACUGCUUUGUGGACAGGCACAGCGGAACGGCUUCCAUCACGCUGUCGGACGCCGCCGCAGCUGAGCGCGCCCUGCAACGCCUGCAGCGCUGCACCCUGCGCCGUCACCGCCUGCAUGCAGAAGUGCAGCCGUGCAGCGCCCUGCUCUGCGUGGCCCACCUGCCCCGGCAAUGCAGCCAGCAGCCAUGGGAAGCGUUGGUGCGGCCGUACGGCGCCGUGGGGCGGUGCUGGUUGGUGCACAGCCGGGCUUCGGGGCGCUGCAAGGGUUACGGCUUCGUGGAAUAUUUGCACGAGGAGGCGGCCGCCGCGGCGCACGCAGAGCUGCAGGGCCGGGCGCUGGGUGCACAAGUGCUGUUCGUGCGUUGGUGCGACGGCGGAGGGGAGCUGAUGGAGGAGGAGGAUUUGCACACCAGCUGUUUGUGCGUGGAGGGGCUGCCCAGGGGCUACGCGGACGGAGAGGGGCUCCGGAGGGUCUUCUCGGGGGUGUGCGGCCCCAAAUUCUGUCAGUUGGCCUAUGGGGCGGACGGGCAGCCGCUGGGUUUCGCCGUGCUGGAAUACGACUCAGCAGACGCCGCUGAACGCGUUCAGGCCGCCAUGGACGGGGCUCUCGUCGGGGGCAGCCGUGUCUGUGUGUCCUUCUGUGCCCCGGGGCUGCCCGCUCACAAGAUGCUGCCCGCCCUCGUCGCCGUCCGCACCGCGGCUCAGAGCCGCAGCCGAGGGCUCCUCCCUGACCCCACACUGCUGCAGAUCCUCAGUGCCCUCCGCAGCCCCACUGCUGCCCCACUGCUGCACGGAGCCUUGGGGGGCAAACGGGGUCUCCUCGGCGCUGCCCCAUUGCUGCCCUUCUGCCCCACAGUGCUGCAGUCGGUGCUGCAGAACCCAAUGCGGGUACAGGGGGGAAAGGGGGAGGAGGGA